AUGCCACCACGAGCGCAGGGCACGCAGCGAGGCGCUGAUACCAUUCGCAUACUCGUCGCCACAGACAGCCACGUCGGAUACAACGAACGCGAUGCGCACCGCCAGGACGACAGCUGGAAGACCUUCGACGAAGUAAUGAGUCUGGCCAAGGAACAUGACGUCGACAUGGUCCUACACGCUGGAGACCUGUUCCACGAGAAUAAGCCGUCACGAAAGUCCAUGUACCAUGUCAUGCGCUCGAUCCGCCAGAACUGCCUGGGGGAGAAGCCCUGCGAGCUAGAGAUGCUGAGCGACGCAAGCGAGAACUUUGGGGGCAUUUUCGAUCAUGUGAACUACGAAGAUGAGGACAUCAAUGUCGCCAUACCAGUGUUUGCGAUUCACGGCAAUCACGACGAUCCGUCUGGCGAAGGGUCGUUCUCACCGCUGGAUUUGCUGCAGGCGUCUGGCUUGGUCAACUACUUUGGGCGAACUCCAGAAGUCGACAAGAUCGCAGUCAAGCCAGUGCUUCUUCAGAAAGGCUGUACGAAGCUUGCACUGUACGGUCUCAGCAACGUCCGUGACGAGCGACUGUUUCAUACUUGGCGGGACGGCAAUGUCAAGUUCUUCCAACCCGGUACACAGAAGGACGAGUGGUUCAACAUCAUGAGCGUCCAUCAGAAUCAUCAUGCGCACACAGCAACAAGCUACCUGCCUGAGAACUUUUUACCCGAAUUCAUGGACCUCGUUGUCUGGGGCCACGAACACGAAUGCCUGAUCGACCCGCGCUAUAACCCUGAAAUGGGCUUUUAUGUGAUGCAGCCAGGCUCUUCUGUUGCGACAUCGCUGAUGCCGGGAGAAGCUGUACCAAAGCACGUUGCUAUCUUGAGCAUUACUGGGAAAGACUUCAUAACAGAAAACAUACGCCUGAAGUCGGUCCGCCCUUUCAUCAUGAAGGAGAUCGUUUUAGCGGAGGAGAGGGAGAUCAAGGAGAAAGAGCUGUGGCGCGUGACCGACAACCGUGCGAAGAUUACACAAUACCUCAACCAGAUUGUUGAAGAUCUCAUAGAAGAAGCUAAAAGUGAAUGGCUUGAGCUUCAGGACGAUCGCAACGAAAACGAGGAGAUGGUAGUUCCUCGACCCCUGGUACGACUGCGUGUGGAGUACACGGCUCCUCAACCGGGUGAAUUCAACGUCGAGAACCCACAGCGCUUCUCGAACCGAUUCAUGGAUCGCGUCGCCAACGUAAAUGACAUUGUUCAGUUUCACCGCAAGAAGAAGGCUCCGAAUCGUACGCUCAAGAAUAACGCUGAGAUGCCGGACGAGAAAAUCAGGCAGGAGAUCACGUUGAGUACCAUUGGCGUGGACAGACUUGUCAAGGAAUUCCUCACAGCCCAAUCAUUGACCAUCCUGCCGCAAAACUCGUUCGGAGACGCCGUGUCGCAGUUUGUCAACAAGGACGACAAGCACGCCAUGGAACAGUUUGUUAACGAGAGCUUGAAAAAUCAAUUGAAGCACCUGAUGGAUGCGAAUGAGGUCGAUGAGUCUGACAUCGCAGACGAGAUGGAGCAGUAUCGGUCGCGAUUAGAAGACCUCUUCGCUUCGGGCCAACUAAAGAAGGCUCGCAAGUCUAAGACCAAGCCGAAGCCACUUACAUGGGACAGUGAAGAAGACGGACCAUGGAACGACCAACCUGGAGCCCUGAUACGUUCAGAUAAUGAAGCUGAGAAAGACGGCGAUGACUUGGGCUCCAUACCAGCACGAAAGCUUGCUGCACGAGGUCGUACGAAGGCUGCAGGAAGCACACGUCAGACGGCUGUGACAAAGAAGGCUGCUCCAGCUCCCAAGGGCACACGCGAGAAAAGAAAGGUUGUAGAAGAAGAGGAGGAAGACGAGGACGAAGAUGCCGAUGCAAUCAUGAUUAGCGACGAUGACGAGGAGAGCGCAGAAGAUCUGUUUGUGAAGCCUGCCAGGAAGCCUCUGACAAAGAAGGCUGCGCCAGCUGCAAAGGCACCAGCGAGGGCAAAGUCACCCGUCAAGAAGACACCAGCAACUUCGCGGACAAGAGCACCAGCAGCCAGCAAGCAGACAACAUUAAGCUUUUCUCAGCCUUCCACGCAACGCAGCCAGCCCACGCGGGGUACUGCGUCACGAGGAAAGAAAGCUGCUGAACCUAGCGACGAUGAGAUAUCUGAUGAUGACGACGCGUUCGAGCCCGUACCAACCGCACGAGCCACCCGUAGGAGGUGA